UGCUGCGUUUAGUGCACUUGCGACGACGUACGCACAAUCUUGAACCCAGCCCGAAGCGAAUGGCAUCAAUGCUGCAACAAGUGCUGUAUCCCGUGCUGGGCCUCGUCCUGAUGACGAUUCACUUGGAGGUUAGCAGCCUGGCCAUAACCAAUGGCCAUUGCCAGAAGAACAUCAGUGUCAAGUACCAGGUGCCCGUGGCCAAGACCCGCAUGGCAGGUGCAGGUCCUCCAAAUGCCAGCCAUCCAGUCGACUUGGACAGCUAUGUGGUGUACGAGGAGCGGGUGCGUUGGGACAACAUCCAGGUGUGCUGCCCGGGAUAUCGGACCAUUCUAUUUGGCUUUUGUGAGCCAGUCUGCCAGGAGGCAUGUCCCGCCCACAGCUACUGUGCGGAGCCGGAUCGCUGCCAUUGCCAGCGGGGCUACGAGCCAUCGCACCACCACACCACUGGCCACCAGCUCGUCUGUCGACCUGUCUGCCAGGGUGGUUGUCCGGAGCACAGCCACUGCGUGGCCCACAACGAGUGCGAGUGCUGGCCGGGAUUCAAGGACGCGAGCAGCUGGUUCAGCCUAAGCCUGCGUUGCGAACGGGUGCAGUGCGGCCAUGAGCAGCGAUUUGAUCCGGGACGACGUGCCUGCGUCCAGAUCGAGAUGAGCAUGGAGGAGCUGAUGCAGCGUGUCGCCGAGCGGCUGGCCAAGGGACUUGGUGCGGAAGAAGAGGCGGCCAACGAACCGGAAUCAUAAGUUUAAGAGUAAAUGCAUCAUUUUGUAACCAAUCUGAAUCUCCAGUGGUAACCCAUCAGCCAUGUAUUGAACUGUUUAAUAAAGUGAAUUAAUUUUUUUAAUAA